UAUUUUUUUCUUUUAAGCCUUGAAAAUUUUGAAAAUCGUUCAUUUUCUCUUAAGAACUCUAUUGGUUUACCAUAUGGCUCUAUGUUUACGGUGUCUGGUUCAGACGUCGUUCUUCUGGACGCUUCAGAUUCAAUAGAUAAUCACGUCUCGAAUUUUGAUUCGAGGGACAAUCGUUUCUUAGUUGAUUCUUCAUUCAAUCAGACCCUAAAGAUGGAAGAGAUAGAGAAGCUCAAAAGCUCUGGUCUUUGCGGCCAUGACUUGCUUGAAGCAUUUGCAAAGCAUAGUGCCAGUUUUGAUUCAAAAACUAAGUUUUCACAGGAUAAAUAUUUAGCUAAAAAGCGAAAGAGACAUCUAAUGUACUUCUCUAUUCAGCCAGCGAGCUCUCGAUUUCUUUGUGAAAUGUAUGGUAAAAUCGUUUUUACUACAUUCUUCAAUGUCUUUACCAAAUUACUUAACUUAAGGCGCACCAUAACAUGUUGCCUCUCACAUCUACUCUGUGCCGAUCCCUAUUUAUUGAUGUUAAAUAAUUGA